AUGGCUGUGGAUGCGGUCACCGUCAACCUGCUCCUAGGCAUCGUACUUCUCCUCCUCAUGCAUCGCUGGGCGACCUUCCCCGGAAACCUUCCCCCGGCACCGCGUGGACUGCCCGUUGUGGGCUACCUUCCUUUCCUCGGCAAGCACCCGUAUAUGACGCUGCCAGCUGAGCUGAUGCAUCUGCACCUGGGAAAGAAGUACGGACCCAUGUUCACGGUGUGGGUGGGCCCAGUACCCAUGAUAGUACUGAAUAGCUACGAUGCUAUACGAGAGACUUAUGUACACCGCGGUGCUGACUUUAUGGACAGAAGGUGCAACUUCGUUCAGGAAUACCUGUUUGAGCCAUUAAAAAUUGGAGAUCAGUUGCUUCGGGAGAUGGAAGAUGGUGCAGCGACGAUCAUAGAAUCAAUGAAGGCGCCAGAAGGACUGUUCCCAUUGCUGCGCUUCCGACCUGGGUCUCGACUGCCGGGCGCUCAGAAGGCCGUUAAGUCCAUGAAACUAAUCAUAAUGAAGCUAAUACAGGAACAUCAAGACAAAUUGGACCAAAAAAAUCCUAAAGAUUUUGUUAACUACUACCUGCAACAGGCAGCUGUGGAUGGGAAAACAAAAGUUGAUUCUGAGCUUCCCCCGAGUCGACACGAAUCAUUUACACAAGACCUCAAAAACAUCCCGGAAACCACGUAG